AUAUGCGGAGGGACCUGGAGACCCUGAGAGCAUCUUUCAGCAACUUCACUUCCAACACGGUGGCUGAGGUCCAGGCACUGCACUCCCAGGGUGGCAGUUUGCAAGCAACAAUAACAUCUCUGAAAGCUGUGGUGGAAAACCAGGAGCAGCAACUGCAAGCAGCCCGUAGCUUGAAUGACAAGGUGUUUUCUCUGGAGAGCAAGCUGGAGAAAGAGCAGCAGGAACUCCAAGCAGGUUAUUCUGAAAUGCUCCUGGAAGUCCAGCAACUGGUCAAAGGCCUGAACUCCCUGCAUUGUCAGAUGGCUUCGCUCAAGAGCAAUGGUGAGUGGUGUACUCAAAAUGCCUGCUGCCCCAUCGGCUGGCUGGAGUAUGAAGGCAGCUGCUACUGGUUUUCUCGCUCUCAAUUGACCUGGCCCGAGGCUGAGAAGUCCUGCCAGCUGCAGAACGCCCACCUGGUCGUAGUGGGCUCCUGGAAUGAGCAGAAGUUUCUUGAGCAACACAUGUACCCUGGGGACACCUGGAUUGGCCUUACUGACCAACAUGGUCCCUGGACAUGGGUGGACGGGACAGACUAUCAGACCGGCUUCCAGAACUGGAGUCCAAGGCAACCAGAUAAUUGGUACUCCCAAGAGGACUGUGCCCACUUCAUAAAUGACGGCCAAUGGAAUGAUAACAUGUGCGUGAAGUCCUUCCGCUGGGUCUGCGAGACAGAGCUGAAGAGAUCCAGCUCCUCGUCUCCUCUCCCCUAAUUUAUUUCUGGAAUGCUUUCACCUGCUAAGGG